AUGGCAGAUCUAGAAAGACUGAAGAUGAGCGAGACCGAUUCAGUUGAUGAUUUUGCAGGCAAGAUCUCAGGCCUGGCAUCACAAUCAGCUGCUCUAGGAGAGAAUAUUGAAGAGUCGAAGUUGGUGAAGAAGUUCUUAACGGGCUUCCAAGAAACAAGAUUUGGUGAUAUAGUCGGAAGAAUAAAGGCGUAUGAAGAGCGUGUAGGAGAAGAGACCAAAAGUGAAGACCAAGGAAAACUUAUGUUUUCAAAUUCUAGUAACAACCGAGGAGGUUACAAUGGUUUCCAAGGAGGAAACAAAGGAGGUUAUAACAGAGGAGGUUAUAAUAGAGGAGGCUAUAAUAGAGGAGGCAACACUAGAGGUGGAUAUGGCAGAGGUGAUUAUGGUCGAGGUGGAUACAAUAGAGGUGGAUCUGAUAGAGGAAACUAUGGUGAAAGUUUUGGUAGAGGCAGAGGUCGAGGGAGAUCUAAUGGCCAAAACCAAGAAUAA